CCCGUGAGCCGCGAAAGGGCGGAGCUGGGCGGAGCUGGGCGGAGCAUCCAAAGCCCCGGCGCGCGCAACCAUGCACCCUUUUUUCUCUGCGGUCCGGAAAUAGGUGGGCCUCUUUCCGUGCCUAGCGCAGCCAUGGCUCGUGGUCCCAAGAAGCACCUGAAGCGUGUAGCAGCUCCAAAGCAUUGGAUGCUGGAUAAACUGACUGGUGUGUUUGCUCCUCGUCCAUCUACCGGUCCCCACAAGCUGAGGGAAUGCCUCCCUCUAAUUAUUUUCCUAAGGAACAGACUUAAAUAUGCCCUAACAGGAGAUGAAGUAAAGAAGAUCUGCAUGCAACGUUUCAUUAAGAUUGAUAGCAAGGUCCGCACUGAUAUAACUUACCCUGCUGGUUUUAUGGAUGUCAUCAGCAUUGACAAGACUGGAGAGAAUUUUCGUCUGAUCUAUGACACCAAGGGUCGCUUUGCUGUUCAUCGUAUUACACCUGAGGAGGCCAAGUAUAAGUUAUGCAAAGUGAGAAAGAUCUUUGUGGGGACAAAAGGAAUCCCUCAUCUGGUGACCCAUGAUGCUCGCACCAUCCGCUACCCUGAUCCCCUCAUCAAGGUGAAUGACACCAUUCAGAUUGAUUUGGAGACUGGCAAGAUUACUGAUUUCAUCAAAUUUGACACUGGUAACCUGUGCAUGGUGACUGGAGGUGCUAACCUGGGAAGAAUUGGUGUGAUCACUAACCGGGAGAGACAUCCUGGUUCUUUUGAUGUAGUUCAUGUGAAAGAUGCCAACGGCAAUAGCUUUGCCACCCGGCUCUCCAACAUUUUCGUUAUUGGCAAAGGCAACAAACCAUGGAUCUCUCUUCCUCGUGGAAAGGGUAUCCGCCUUACCAUUGCUGAGGAGAGAGACAAGAGACUGGCAGCCAAACAGAGCAGUGGAUAAAAUGAUCUCUAAGUGACGUGACUGGGAGAGUCUUUUUACUUACAGAUAAUACUACAUAAUUAAAAGCCUCUGUAGUGUUGUA